AUGCCGAAGCUGCUGUCGAUUUCCAUCUUGAAGUGGAAGGGGCCUGAGGACACCCCAGUGUUCUUCGGCACCGCGUCGGAUGUGAGCGACUUCGGCUUCUUCCAGCGCACAAGCGUGCGAGAGAUGCUGCAGUUCGUCAGCCGCACGAUCGUGCAGCGAACGCGCCCAGGCAGCAGGCAGACCGUCGAGCACGAGGGCUACCUGUGCCACGCGCACAACCGGGACGGCCUGGGCGCCAUUGUCGUCACCAGCCACGACUACCCAUCGCGCAGCGCGUUCUGCGUGAUCAACGAGGUGGUGGAUCAGUUCUUGCGGGAGUUCGGGGAGAGCUGGCGGCAGCAGACGGCGGACGUGACGGCGGCUGAGCCCAUGCUGACAUCAGCGCUGGAGAGGUUCCAGGACCCGGCGCAGGCCGACAAGCUGAUGAAGAUCCAGCGGGACCUGGACGAGACCAAGGUGAUUCUGCACCGGACGAUCGAGUCCAUGCUCGAGCGCGGGGAGAAGCUGGACAACCUGGUCACGAAAAGCGAAGACCUCAGCUUGGCGUCGCAGAUGUUCUACAAACAGGCCCGCAAAAGCAACUCGUGCUGCAGCUUCAUGUGA